UGACGGUCGGUGGUGUUCACUGCGAUUCUGAACUCUGAACUGUAUGUACUACUGAAAGGCAGUUGAAGUGCACGUGAUAGAAGAGACACUGGAUAUCCUUCAGUUUCAGAUAAUGGCGCAGCCGGAGGCCCUCUCGCUCGCGGGCCGGCGGGUGGCGUUCACGACGCCGCAGACCACCGGCGGGGGCGGCGGGGAAGGAUACGGCGGCCGGCUCGGCGCGCUGCUGCGGCAGCGCGGCGCGCACCCGCUCCCCGUGCCCACCAUCGCCAUCCGCGCCCACGAGCCCGACCGCCUCCGCCCCUACCUCCUGCCGGGCGCCCUCGACCCUUUCGCGGCGCUCGCCUUCACGUCCCGCUCCGGCAUCGCCGCCUUCUCCCGCGUCCUCCCCUCCUCCUCCGCCCAGCUUCCCCUCUCCGGCUCCGCUUCCGCGACCCCCUUCACCGUCGCGGCACUCGGCAGCGACGCGGACCUCCUGGACGGCGCCUUCCUCGCCAGGCUCUGCCGCGACGCCGGGAGGGUGGCCGUCCUCGUCCCGGACGUCCCCACCCCCGCCGGCCUCGUGGAGGCGCUGGGGCGCGGGUUCGGCCGCCGCGUGCUCUGCCCCGUGCCCGACGUCGACGGCCUCCGCGAGCCGCCCGUCGUGCCCGACUUCCUCGCCCGGCUCGACGCGGCCGGGUGGGCGGCCGAGCGCGCGCCGGCGUACACCACUUGCUGGGUCGGCCCGGGCUGCGCCGAGGGGCUUGUGGCCCCGGACGCCGCCGCGCCCGACGCCAUCGUGUUCACCAGCUCGGCUGAGGUAGAGGGACUGCUCAAGGGGCUGGACGCCGCGGGGUGGAGCUGGCCGCGGCUCAGGGCGCGAUGGCCAGACAUGGUCGUGGCCGCGCAUGGGCCGGUCACCGCCGAGGGCGUCAGGAGGCUCGGCAUUGAGGUGGACGUCGUCAGCUCGAGGUUUAGCAGCUUCCAUGGGGUUCUCGAUGCUCUCGCUGCAGCAUUUUGCUCCCAAUAAUUAAAUAUUAGCUUCAGGUUUAGUGCUUGAUCACGUUGAUGUUAUUGACGAAAAUUUAGAUGCCUAUAGUCUCAAAGAGUCACAAAUUGUCAAGUUGAUGGAAUGGACAAAAAUAUUCAGUCAGCAAACUUGUUGCUAUUUCACACCAACCUGUCACCUAGAUAUCUUUAGAAUGUACUGUAAAUCUGCAUUCUACCAACCCAGCUUUGUACCUGUUAAUAACUGUGAUCACAAAAAUGUGGUAGUGAACCAUUCUUGAUC